AUGAUGAAAAAAGCAUUGGAAGCCAAAAUAAUACAGGAAAACAACACUGCUACUCUUCAGAACACUCAAACAGAUGUAAACAGCCUUGGAGAUGGUGAAAGCACACCCGUUAAUCAGAAUAGACUGAGUGGAGCUGUGCAGAAAGAAGUUGCUUGUUCACGUUGUACUGAAGAGGAAAUUCCUGAAGAAGCCGUCGAUGCAGAGAGCAACAAAGAUACUGCAGGUAAUUCCAAACUGGAAACUGCAUCUGCGUUAGGAGAAGACUUAAUGAUGCUCUACAAGAAAUGCUCUUGUCCAGAUAUUACUAUUUGCGUAGAAGGCAAAGAUUUUCAAGCUCACAGGGCCGUUUUAUGUGCCAGAUCUAGUUAUUUUGCUGCUAUGCUGAGUGGAAGUUGGGCUGAAAGCUCCCAGGAGCACGUCACUCUUCAAGGCAUAAGCCACAUAGAAAUGAGUGUCAUCUUGCAUUUUAUAUAUGGAGGUAUUCUGGACUUCCCAGACAAAGUUGAUGUUGGUCGCAUGUUGGGCAUUGCAGAUAUGUAUGGGCUGGAUGGGCUGAAAGAAGUAGCAAUCUACGUUUUGAAAAGAGAUUACUGCCAUUUUUUCCAAAAGCCUGUUCCUGGAAAACAGCAACCUGUACUAGAAUGCAUGGCUAUUGCUCAUUCAUUGGGAGUGGAAAACCUCUAUGCUGCUUGCAUGAAAUGGGUAGUAAAACAUUUUGCAAAAUGUUUCUCAGAGAGAAGCUUUGCCAGUUUACCUACUGAACUUCAGAACAACUGUCUUGUUAUGUUGAUUAACUCUUUGAACCACAAGAAUGCUGCUUCGCUUUUAAUGGAGAGUGACCGGCUGAUCAAUAGCCUUCCCCAAGUAAAAUGGACAGAGACAGCUGUGGCCUUGGCAUCCAGGCUACAAGAAGAAUGCGUAACAUUUAUUGUGGCAAACUUCCUACAUGUCGUACAAACUGAAGGCUUCUCUAUUUUUUUGCAGGCACAGGCAAUGAGCAGCAAACCUGAUCUUCUAGAACUAAUUUUUAAUGCAAUCGAAAAAAGUAUUAAUAAUGAAAAGAGCUGCUUGCUUCUUGUAGCUGUGGAUACGUUGUUGGACUCCACAAAUGUGAAGGAGAUGGGUUUUACGUGCAAGAUCCAGGCUCUGCGUGAUAAGCUCUGGGUCUUCCUGGUUCAGUCUUUUUAUGCUGUUCGUCACACAGAAGGCUGGAAGCUGAUGAGGCCAGACCAUCAACAGAAAAUACAAGCAGCUGCAUUUGACAAGGGUGAUGACCGAAGACUUGGCAAAAAGCCUGUAUUCACUAGUUCUCAGCUAAACAAAUCUAGUACUGGAUCUGCUGGUACAAAGAAUACUUCCUGGACAGAACACAACAAGAAAGAUUGCUGGAGAGGUUCUUCCACUAAUCAGGAUAAAAUGAAAUCUGAUGGAUUAGGAGCAUCUGGACAUACAUCAAGCACCAAUAGAAACACUGUUAAUAAGGCUUCAAAGCAUGAGGAUGUAAAGGGGAAAGAUGGCAAAAAAAUAGUUUCCAAGAUUACUAAGGAUUCAAAACCUGGGGAAAAAGCUGCUUCACCAAAGGCUAGAGCUGUUAUAAAGACAAAAAUAGAAAAUAAUGGAAAUGUGAAGGCUGAAAGCGUGCUUACCAAGCAAGAUGUAGAGAAAACAUCAUCUGCAAGUGGACAAAAAAAUUCAGGAAGUGGCAAAGGACUAAAGAACCAUGAAGGAAAAACUGCAGGUGCCAGGCCUAAAGUGCUGACAGUAACCUCAAGUGUCCAGAUCAAAACAAAACCGUUGAAGAAAACCACAGGGAAGGAAUCUCCCUCCUUAGUGACUGUGGCAGGAACUUCCAGCAAGUCAGCAAACUCGAGCAUUGAUAUCCAGACUGCCGGGGAGCAGCCAGAGGAACCCAAAGAGGAGAAACUGGUAGAGGAAGGGAAAAAGCAGACUGUGAAAACAAAGUCAUCUGUGAAGACACCAAAUGGAGUCGCCAACAAAAAAAAAAAGACUGAGCUUGAUGCUAAUACCACAACAAGCAG